CAGCGAUGCGCUGUGUCCCGAUCCACGGAAAGAGCCGAAGAUGUCGGCUCGGUCAUGUGAUCAGCUGUGUCCAAUCACAGCUGAUUACAAGGGCACUGAUGAUCAGUGUGCCCUGAUGAUCUGUGUAGCCCCAGCAGCGCCACCUGUCAGUGUCCAUCAGUGCCAGAUCUCAGUGCUCAUCCAUGCCACCUGCCAGUGCUCAUCAGUGCCACAUCAGUUCCACAUCAAUGCCACAUAUCAGUGCCCAUCUGAGCUGCCUUUCAGUGUCACCCAUCAGUGCCAGUCAGUGCCACCUAUCAAUGCCAGUCAGUGCCACCUAUCAGUGCCAGUCAGUGCCGCCUAUCAGUGUGCAUCAGUGCCUGUCAGUGCUGCCUAUCAG